CGACAACGAAUCCGAUACUAACACCUAGGGUACUGCACCACCACCACCAACAUGCGUACCUACGACGAUACCUUCAGCGGCCAGAAGAUCUACCCGGGCAAGGGCAAGCUAUAUAUCCGUGGCGAUAGCAAGAUCUUCAGGUUCCAGAAUGGAAAAACCGAGAGUCUUUUCCUGCAGCGCAAGAACCCGCGUCGGAUCGCUUGGACAACUCUGUUUCGGAGACAGCACAAGAAGGGUAUCUCUGAGGAAAUCGCUAAGAAACGCACCCGCCGCACCGUCAAGCACCAGCGCGCCAUCGUUGGAGCCUCCCUCGACGUGAUCAAGGAGCGCCGCAGCAUGCGUCCCGAAGCCCGUGCCGCCGCUCGCCAAGCCGCCAUUAAAGAGGGAAAGGAGAAGAAGUCGGCCGCUGAGUCCAAGAAGAAAGCAGAGAAGGCCAAGUCGGCUGCCGGCGCUGCACGGGGCCAGACUCAGAGGAUCCAGAGCAAGCAGGGUGCUAAAGGUGCGCCAAGCAAGGUGAAGGCGACGACUCGUUAAGGAGUGACGUGAUGAUGGAGGGAAUGGUGCUGACUGGGUCUGGCUCGGUGUUUUCUUUAGGGAAAAUUCGAUGGGAUGGGACGAUGGCUUACAUCUUUCUAUAAAUCUUCAUGCCGGAUGAUCCUUUGUUCAUUAGGGUCUAGCGAUGGGGCAAAUGCAAUUCAUGUCCUCAGGAGUCUGCACAGACGCGAGUAUGAGUGCAUCGGUGAGGAAAUGAACGUAUUAAGAGACAAAGCUCUGUCUAACUUCUAGACUGAUAAUAAUUGGUUGCAUGUGCAUGCUGGCACUGGGAUUUCAGUGAAUGGAAUGAAAGCUCGA